AUGAUGACGACGUGCCGUCUGCUGUGCGCCCUGUUGGUGCUCGCCCUGUGCUGCUGCCCGUACGUGUACGCUGCACAGGAUGCGCCGACUCAAGUUUCUUCCCAGACGAUGACGGCAACUACAACAGUGACAUCAGAGAGUAACAAGCAGAUUACGUCUGAAGGCCUUUCGAAGAACACUCUCAUUACAGCAACAACACCAGUCGUUGACACUAAGCCUGAGGAUGACACAAAUGUAACCGUCACCACUCUCCCUUCCUCUCCAUCAGAGGGAGAACAGGAGAAAGGUAAGGCGGGGCCGUCAGGUAUGGUGACCGCUUCGGAACAGGAAGAUACUGCCAGAGAUGAACAAACUUUGAACGGCCCGGAUUCGCAUUCAAGUGUCGCGACCAGUACUUUGCAGAGCGAGGGUACGGAUGGUACAUCAAGGACACAAAGCCGCACGAGUGUAGCUGCAGAACAAGCAACUGAGGAAGCCAAAGAUUCUGCCCAGACGACCACGACGACCACCACCACCACAAAAGUGCCAAUUACGUCCACCACUGCGCCAGUGGCACCAACUACUACAACCACAGAGACGCCAACCACGACGACUACCCGCGCACCGUCACAUCUUCGCGAAAUCGACGGCAGCCUCAGCAGCUCUGCGUGGGUGUGUGCCCCGCUGCUGCUCGCCGCAUCCGCGCUGGCGUACACCACUCUGGGCUGA